GAAGAAGACAUGGCGGGGAGAUCGGGCGACAAGAUGUUUUUCUGUAGGUUGAUCUGUCUGAAGAUGCCUCUGAACCACAGAGAGGAAAUGUACCACAUUUUAAGGAUGACUGGGCCUCUGUUGCUCUCUAGGGUCCUCAUUUACCUGCUUCCCUUCGUGGUCACCAUGUUCUGCGGACGUUUGGGCAAUGAUGUGAUGGCAGGCUUUGGAUUAGCUUCUGCUACCAUUAAUGUGACCACGGCGGCUACCGGAUACGGUCUUAGUCUUGCUUGUGAUACGUUGGUCUCCCAGACCUUUGGUGGUAAAAACCUGCUGCGCGUGGGAAUGAUCCUUCAGCGAGGUGUUGUAAUUCUGCUGUUGUUCUGUCUGCCCUGCUGGGGUCUGCUUCUCAACGCCCAGAGCCUCCUGCUGCUCAUGGGCCAGGACCCUGAGGUCACCCGAAUAGCACAAGUGUACAUCAUUGCCUUCCUACCAGCUGUGCCAGCAAUGUUUCUACACAAUCUUCAAGUGUCUUACUUGCAGAACCAGGGUAUAAUACUUCCACAAAUGUACACUGCAGCCAUGGCAAACGUUGUCAACUUGCUGAUGAACUAUGUCUUCUUACACUGGCUCGAUUUAGGUGUGACGGGCUCAGCUGUUGUAAACGCUUUCUCUCAGAUUUGCAUCUGUGCUUCGCUGUUUAUUUACAUUCACUGGAAGAAGUUGCAUGUAUCAACAUGGGGAGGCUGGUCAGUUGAAUCUUUGCAGGAAUGGGGCUCCUACAUGAGGCUAGCUGUUCCAAGCAUGCUCAUGAAGUGUUUUGAGUGGUGGAUCUAUGAGUUUGGGGGAUUCUUUGCUGGCAUGUUGAGUGAUGAUGAGCUUGCCGCCCAACAUGCAGUGAUGAUGGUGACUUUACUGGCCUACAUGUUCCCUUUCGGCAUCCAGGCAGCUGCUUGCGCUCGGGUGGGCAACGCCCUCGGGGCAGGAGACACGGGCAGAGCCAUCAUCGCCUGCAAGGUGUCGCUCACCCUUGCAGGUGCAUUUGCAGUGGUUGAAGGUAUCGUGCUUGGUGCAACUAAAUCAAAGAUUGGCUACAUCUUCACUUCUGAUCAGAAGAUUGUCAAUCUGGUGUCCCUCUUGAUGAAUGCAUACUGCUUCCUUCAGUUCUUUGAUGGCCUUGUGGUGAGUCUCGAGCUUGUUCAUUUAUUAAUCAGAGUGAACAAAAAUAAUCAAUACUUGUCAUUUUCACCCUCUUAUAAGUGUGUGUGCACGGGCAUCUUCUUGGGAGCUGGAAAACAGAAAAUUCCGGCUGUGGCUAACUUUGUCGGAUACUACGGCAUUGGACUCACAUUGAGCGUUACGCUCAUGUUUGUGGCAAAGCUCCGAAUUUUGGGUUUCUGGCUGGGGAUUCUGAUAUGUGUGAUCUUGCAGUCCACACUUUUCAUCAUUGUCAUCUUCAGGCUAGACUGGGAGAGAAUGACAGAGGAGGCUGUGAAGCGUGCCCAAAAAAAUACACAUGUGGCCGAACAGGAACAGUACCAGCCCGUCAUGUGGGAGGCCAACGCAGUACCACAGCAACAGGUUAAUGCUGACCAGCUCCCAGUGAGCCAGCUGCUGCUCAGGCGAGGUCUCACGCUAUUGGCUGCCAUCGCUCUGCUGGCAAUCGGCACCUGCGUGUACUUGCUGGUACCUCUCCCGGAGGCCCCGCCCUCCAAAAGUAAUCUGACUGCAAUAGAAUGGGGCAAUAGCACACACUAUUAAUCCUGUGGUCAUGGAAAGCUUGUCAUAUUUAUGUAAAUCAUAGUUUAGUAUUAGAGGCAACUGCUGUAUAAAUAAUGUUUUUCAGUCAUUUGUAUAUUUAAUAGUUGUGAUAAUUUACCAAAUUUAUUGUAUGUAUGUAUUGUAUAAUAUAUAUACAUAUAUAUAGACACACACACACACGCUAUACAUACAGUAUGCGAUACAUGCAGUACAUACUGUAUAUUUAUUAGGAUUCUCAAAAAGUGCACCGUCGCUACAAAUAGUUUCUUUUUUUUCCCAUUAUAGGAAUACCAGUAAAAAUUGGUAUGUAUUGCUCAAAAUCAAGAAUAGGGAUUAAUAUUAUUAUUAUAUAAUUAAUAUUACUACUUUGUUUCUAUUUAUUUUUGGGGUGGCCUGUUUAUAUUUUUUCUGUUUAAGAUGUACACAUGCAUAUAUUUUUGUUCCAUAGCGCAACAUCAGAUCCUGCUGACAGCCCUGUAGUUUAUAAGUAAAAUAAAGUAGGGAAUAUUCCAUUUUUUCUUGAAAAGCAAAUUUAAUACAUGGUAGUAUUUUUAAUCACUGAUAUUUUGUGCCAUAAAAAUACAUUAAUACAAAUGUAAUUAAAUGUCCCGAUCGUGUGGAAUUUUGCAAGAUUUUGUCAUUUAUAACUGCAGCUCUUUGACUAGUAGUAGUUUACAUCCGCAUUUUUCGGACGCACCAAAUCGUAUGGCGCAGCAUCAGUGAACGAGUUUUUUUUCUCCUGUACAUAGGGCACACCGGAUUAUACGGUGCAUUAAUGGAUCAAUGCACUGCAUUCAUCAUUUUUCUUGCAACAAUUUAUUUUGUAUCAUGUAUGUUUGUCUUGAGCAUUGUUACCGGAGCAGUAUAAAACGGUUAUGCUUCAUUAAAUAGAUGAGCGGUCAAUAGGCACAACCGGAAUUCAUAAAAUGUCAAUCUAAUCCCAAUGAACUUCAAUGGAUGUGACAAAUGUCAAAUCACGUGAUCAGCUUGCUCAAAAGCAGGUUGAGCACGAUCCCGGCAGCCAGAAUGAAAAGCAUGAGGACCCCGACGAGACCACGACGCAGGAAUAAAUUCCUACGGCCGCGAUACUGGGUUAUCCCGAUUCCCGCGUCCUCGUCGAUGAACUGCAGCUCUGACAUGUUGCUGUCGCUUUCUUCCUGGCCAUCUUCAUCUACAGUGGACAAGGGGCAUAAAUUAGUCGCAAAUGUCAGUCAUUUAAACAACUUCUGAUAUUUCUGUUGUGUGUUUUUUUUUUUAAAUUUCUCUUCUAUUCUUAACUUGAUAUUGCAUUUCAUAUGCUAGUUUGAUUUUGCAAACAGUUUAAAAAACAUCGUUUGAAAUUUACCUGACGUCCUGUUCACACCAGCUCUAAUCUGAGCCUGGAUGGGAAAAAAAAUCAGUGGAUAGUUACAACAAUGGUGAUAACAAUAAUAAUACUAAUAAUACAGUGGUACAUUGAGAUUUAAGUAACCUUUAAAAUUUUUCAAGAUACUAUUCACUGUACAGGCAUUUUUUUUUUUGAAGGAAAUGUAAACAACAAUUGAUCCACGGCACUGUAGGCAGCAAACAAUUCAAGUCAAGGCAGGUUUGGCAGAGUUGUAGUAAGUUGAAGUAAUACUAAAGAUGAAGACUUUAUUUGAUUUGACAGUGUAAUCUAGAGUUUGGUAAAUGUUCUGUUUAGGCUGUACAGUAGUUAAAGUUGAAUAACUGAAAAUGUGUUACAUUAAGAGAUGCCUAUUAGCCUGUUGUUCUCCAUUUUAUUGUUAUUACUAUAAUAUAUCAUGU